GGGCCAGUAUCAAUUCUCCGCGGAGAUGGAGCUCCCCGAAGGGUACAUUUUUAAGGCUCCCUGUGUCUUUUGGAGAGAGAAAUCCUUGUUAUUGUAUGCUUCUGGCUCUGUACUUUACGCCUUUAAUACCAGGGACUCUGUUUUAUCGCAUAAAUUUGAAAAUGGACACAUAACAAAGGCCAUUCGAUCUAUAACUGUUGAUAAUGCCCGUUCUUUGAUACUGGUGGCCUCGGAGGACAAGAUUCUAUCGAUAUUCGACGAUUCAAUCAAGCUUUUGGCUAAAAGGCAAUUUGGCAAAAAACUGGUGUCUACUGCGGUUGUUGAGAACAGCAUACUGAUCGCCGACUCCUUUGGAGACAUAUCUGUGCUUCCAUUUGCUGAUAUUCACGAUAUUGAAGACAAAGGGAGUGAUAAAGACCUGCUGUGCCCCUUUUCUCACUACAGCACAAUCACUGCUACGUACACUAGUGCUGAGGGAUCCAUAUUUACCGCAAACAAGGACGGAAAGGUGGUGCGAAAUUCGAUUCCAGAUGUUCAUAAUAUCCUAAACUAUUACUUGGGACAUACACAGUCUGUGUCAUCCCUCGCAAUAAUAGAUGGAGAUAUUGAACCUGUUUUGGCGUCACUGUCAAUCGACUUUAGCGUUAAAUUUUGGGAUAUAAAGAGUGGAGAUGAACUUUACUCUGUAGAUUUGACACAGGUCCUUGAUGAUGUUGGUGUGGUACCCUGUCAUAUUGCAUGGGAUUCUGCAAACAAGAUACUUUUGUUACCAUGUUCAAAGAAACUGUUUUUCCUACAUUUAUCUCUUGAAAAUGGUGUUUCGCAUGUAAACACUACGACUUUAUCGCUGGAAUAUACUCUACAAACAUGCCUUGCAGUUCCGCUUGAGGACUCGUCUCAACUCUACAUUGUAGAUUCUGAGGGCAACUUGCACAUUUAUAUCUCAAGCCUAAAAAAUCUCGACACAUCUUGCAAGCUUGUAAACGAUGUUAAUAUAAAUCUAUGGGAAAAGGACCUUGUGUCUUCAUCUUUGGAAAAUAGUAAAGCAAUACCUCUAAAUGUAGCUAAACACGUAAUGUAA